CAAUGAUGAAGAAGCCUGCGAUCCCGAAGCCCACGGCCGCGUACAUGGCCGCCAAGAGGGCGGAGUGCAAGAAGGCCUCGCCGUGCGAUGACGACGAGGCCAAGGAGGCGAUGCGUGAGCAGGGGCCGUUCUGGAUGAGCCAGGCGACGCUCGCGUACAACGUCCCAGACAGCGGCAUAUCCAAAAACCACCCGACCAUCGACGAAAUACCAGCGUGGCACGAGAACUACGAGUACAACGGCAUCAAUUUCGCUGACUCGCCCGUCAAGUACGCGAACACCAUGAACGGCGGUGGACCCCCCCGGCUCGGGGCGGCUGGCAAGUACUUGGCGAUGGGCUCGUUUUUCAACGACUCGGAGAACACGCCCCCCAGCGGGAAGUAUGAUCCUCGCCACCAGGUGGUCGGCCGCUACUUCCUCGUCGAGGUCAAGGAAGAUUUCUCGAUCCCAAACCCGAACAGCUGCCUUGAAAAGGACGGCACGCUCUUCGCCCCUGCUGGGUCCUUCAUCCUGUCCUUCUCCGGCACCGA